AUGUGGGAACUGCCCACCAGAUGUACCGAAUGGCCCAUAGCCUUGGAGGCUGAGGUGGCCCUGACACUGAAGAUCCUGGGGACUGUGGCUAACUCAUCCCUGGACCACAUCCUGGACCAGCCCCUUCACACGCUGCACCACAUCCACUCCAAGCUCCAGGCCUGUGUCCAGGCUCAGCCCACAGCAGGCUCCAAGCUCCAGGGCUGCUUCCAGCACUGGCUUCACUGGUUCCAGGAGGCCCUGAAGAAGGAGUCUCAAGACAGCCUCAAGGAGGCCUCUGUCACAUUCAACCUCUUCCAUCUCCCCACUUUGGACCUGAAUUGUGUUGCCAGAGGAGACCUGUGCAACUGA